UUAUCCCGGGAGGGGGGCGGGGGGGGACUCUCGCCUCAUUCCUCUGGAGGACUUUUCAAGCUCAGGGAAGUGGCCAUGUUCUGCUUCUGCUUCCAGAGCCCCUCCCUCAAGCUCCAAGCUCUGGAGGCUGAUUUUAGCCCCCCCGGCUUGGAGCAAGAAGACCCCCCGGAGCAGAAGAACCCGCCGGACCACCGUCAGCCUCUGUUGAGCGGGCAGCAGCAAAAGCCGAGUCCGCUUUUCCGUCACGAGCCGCUCCUCCACUCGCCUCCGACAACCAUCGACUCAUCGCAGCGCACCCCGUUCCAGGAUUCUUGGCGCACUCCCGGCGCUUCCCCUCCCGAGGGAGCCCCGGCAAGCGGCGACCCCCCAGUCAGCUCGCCGGGCGGCGGCCCUCCCCUGCUCUCCCUCUCCGCUUUCACCACCGGCGAGUGCCCCGUCCCGUCGCCUCGCUGCCCCAACCUGAGCGGCAGCCUUCGCUACAACCUGGACCCCGACGCCGCCCCGUCGCCGCCGUGCUCGCAGCAUCUCCGCAUGGCGCGCUGCAGCGCCCGCACCGAGGCAGCCGACUGCUCCCUGUCCGUGUCCGUGUUGAAAAAACACGUUCAGACUUUGAGGAGGAGGAUCAGACAGUUGGAGGAGCAUUUUGAGCAGGAGCGGCUCAAGCCUUCCUGUUAUGACAAGACCGCACAUCCGGAAGUUGCCCGACUGAUCAAGGAGCUUCUGAAGAGCCGCAAGCAGCUCAAAGAGCUGAAGCUGUGUCAAGCGGCGGAAGGCGUCUCCAAGGCCGCUUUCGACCCGGCGGCGGCGGCGGUGGCGGCGCUCGAGAGGGGCCGUCCGCCCGGCGAGGCGUCGCAGCUCCGGCGAGUCAACAACAACAACAGCGACGCCAAACCCAGCGUGGAGGAAACGCUGCACGUCAUCAACGCCACGCUGACCGAGAGGCGGCGGGAACUCCGCCUGCCCGACGCCAUCCAGGAGAUGAACCGGUCCCAGAUGAGCUUGGAGAAGUCCAGCUUGCAAAAGUCGUUGCUCUACUUUGAGAGUCUGCACGGACGCCCGAGUAGCGUGAGCGAGCGGUCGCUGGUCAGACCUUUGUACGAGCGCUACCGCCUCCUUAAGGAGCUGCUGCUUACCUCCGCCACCCCCACGCUCAUCACCACCAUUGAGGAAGAAGAGGGCUCCGACGACGACCACCCCAAAGAGCAAAACCCGAGGCAGCAGCACGGGCCAUCUGAGGGGCCGCUGCCCCCUCCCACCUUGGAAGCGUCCGACACGCCGCCCGUGUCGCCUUUGGAGGAAGUCGAGUGUCUCCAGCCGCAGAUCGUCACCAUGGCAACACUCCAUGAGGCCUCCAGAUCGGAAUUACUGGAUCAUCUGCGGGUCACCCGCUUGGAAAAACGAAGGCUCCACCGAGCACUGCGGGAGUUUGAGGAGCUUUUCUAUACCCUGAGUGGCAGGGUCUGUCAGAAGGAAGACCGCGGGCCCAUGGCGGAGGAGUACUGCCAGUACAAGAACCUCAAAGCCAAACUGCGCCUGCUGGAGGCCCUGCUUAGCAAAAAACAGGACACGGACAAAAGCAACUGAGCUUCGCAGUGGAGCGUUUUGGUCCAAAGCCAAUGGGACUUUUGAGGACUUGGUCACCACGAUGACAAAAAGGUAAUGACGAUGCACUUUACAGGAGGACAGUGGCGUUGGAAGUUAUUUAUUUUUUCCUCCAAAAAAAGCACAAGAUGAAGCAAGUGGUUGUUGUCGAUGAGCUUUAGGACCCUGAAUGCAACGAUGAUGUUUUUGUACAUUGGGAGUUAUGUAAAUAUUCAUGUUGGCGUGUUAUGGCACUGACUUUUUUUUUUUAAUCUUAUUGUGGAAUAUGCAUUUUCUUUUAAAAAAAAAAAAACAUCAACUGCAUGAGGGAGGGGCGGCCCGGUAGUCCAGUGGUUAGCACGUCGGCUUCACAGUGCAGAGGUACCGGGUUCGAUUCCAGCUCCGGCCUCCCUGUGUGGAGUUUGCAUGUUCUCCCCCGGGCCUGCGUGGGUUUUCUCCGGGUGCUCCGGUUUCCUCCCACAUUCCAAAAACAUGCGUGGCAGGCUGAUUGAACACUCUAAAUUGUCCCUAGGUGUGAGUGUGAGUGCGGAUGGUUGUUCGUUUCUGUGUGCCCUGCGAUUGGCUGGCAACCGAUUCAGGGUGUCCCCCGCCUACUGCCCGGAGACAGCUGGGAUAGGCUCCAGCACCCCCCGCGACCCUAGUGAGGAUCAAGCGGCUUGGAAGAUGAAUGAAUGAAUGAAUGAAUGAAUGUAUA